CAGGACUACAAGAGAGACAAAAGAUGAGUUGGAGUUGAGAUAAAUGAAGAAGUGAUGGGACAAGUCGCAGUCUGUCUGUUCCACGAGUUGCUGGGCUCGACCAAGAGGCUCAACAUCAACUACCAGGACUCAGACGGCUUCUCCGCCCUGCACCACGCCGCUCUGACGGGAACCACUGAGCUGCUGUCUCUGCUGCUGGAGGCCCAGGCCACGGUGGACAUCAAGGACAUCAACGGCAUGCGUCCCCUCCACUAUGCAGCAUGGCAGGGUAAAGCCGACUCUGUCUUAUUGUUGCUAAGAGCCAACGCUUCAGUCAACUCCUCUUCCCAUGAUGGACAGAUACCGUUACAUCUCUCCGCUCAGUAUGGACAUUAUGAGGUGUCUGAGAUGUUGCUGCAGCAUCAGUCGAACCCCUGCCUGACGAACAAGGCGAAGAAGACUCCUCUAGAUCUGGCCUGUGAGUUCGGGAGACUGAAGGUGACUCAGUUGCUGCUGAGCAGUAACAUGGUGACGGCGCUGCUAGAAGGGGACGGAGCGCACGACAGCCUGGACUCUCCAUCCACCACCCCCCUCCACCUGGCAGCGAGGAAUGGACACAAGGACAUCAUCAAGUUGCUGCUGAAAGCUGGUAUUGACAUCAACAGAUCCACCAAAGCGGGAACAUCUCUGCAUGAAGCUGCCCUCUACGGCAAAACCGAAGUUGUCCGUCUGCUGCUUGAUGCGGGCAUCAACGUGAACGUGCGCAACACCUACAACCAGACUGCUCUGGACAUUGUCAACCAGUUCACCACUUCCACAGCCAGCAGGGAAAUCAAACAGCUGCUCAGAGAGGCAUCAAGUUCUCUACAGGUCAGGGCGCUGAAGGAUUACUGGAACCUCCACGACCCCACCGCUCUUAACCUCCGGGCUGGAGACCUCAUUAUGGUCGUGGAGCAGCACUCCGACGGCCGGUGGAAAGGUCAAAUCCAUGACUCGCAGCGAGGGACGGACCGGGUGGGCUUCUUCCCACCUUCAGUGGUGGAGGUCCUCAGCAGACGAGCAGGGGGCACUCUCACCCGCCAAGCAUCACUGCCUUGCCACCGACAACACUUUGCGUCCAGAGCUCUGCCCUCAAGCCACGGCUCCACCCUUCAGCCUGACGACUCAUUCACUCUUGGCUAUGAUCCCGCAGGUGUGCCACCUGGCAGUCAGCUCUCAGCCCCAGGUAGUCCUGGUAGCCCCACUCAGGACAUUUGGGUCCUCAGGAGCUCCCCCAAUGGCGACAGGCACAGUGUCGGCAGUGCCGGCAGUGUGGGCAGCAGUCGCAGCGCCGGUAGUGGCCAGAGCUCGGAAAGCAGCCACAAACAGAACGGGACUCGCCACAAUGCUGACACUGGCAAGCUGACUCCCUCUGCUGGUGAAUCAGGAGACCACAUCCACAUUGCAGGAGCAGAUCGCAGCAAACAGGUUGAUGGAUCUGCAGGUGGCUCCCGCCGGCAGGUCAAUGGCACUCCUCAGAAAGGCUUCGUCCGACCAGAGCACCUUCUGGAGGGCAAGGUGAGCUGA